GUCAGUGGCGUCGGCGGUCUCGACCUCAUGUCCAUGAUGCCCAACUUCACCUUCACUGUGACCGUGCUCUCGCCGCGCGAACCCCCCUAUGGAGGGGCCGGGGACCCAUCAAACCCCUUUGAAGUCAGUCCGGAGAUGCCUGCGCAGGGUGAUGUAGCGCCACCGCCAGAUCGAUAA